AGAGGCGUCUGAUGUGUGCUGAGUGAUGGGGGCCAUGAGUCCUGUGUGGGUCCUGUCCUGCAGGAGCUUGAAAGCCACGACCGUCAGAGGGAUCCUUGGGCACCUGGACAUUUGAGAACUACUGCUCCACUGCUGACCAGAAGACACAGCCAACCCCAGCAGGGGUGAAGAGCUGCGUGAGAGAUUCCAGCUCUGGUCUUCCUGCUCUGCUUUGCGCAUCCUGAGUUCCAUCUCUGGAAUUUUCCCCAGGCUGGUGUUGAUACAACAAGAGCUGCCUCAGGGCUCUGCCGGCUCCAGAGAAGAAGACUGCAGCUGGGAAAGGGCUCAGUGCUCGGGGCUCCGCACUGCAGGGAGGACGCCUGCGGAAUCCCUAGCCAGGCUGGUCCCACCCAGGCUGCCACUUGGGUGCAGCGACUACAGCCAAAGGGUCAGGAGAAGGAAGUCACUGGAGAACCGCAGCCCCAGUCCUGGACCUGCUCGAAAGAAGCUGGGACCAAAGCUGGGUCAAGAUGGCAUCUGUGUUUCGAAGUGAGGAGAUGUGUUUGUCACAGCUAUUUCUCCAGGUGGAGGCUGCAUACUGCUGUGUCUCUGAGCUUGGAGAGCUUGGACUGGUUCAAUUCAAAGAUUUAAAUGUGAAUGUGAACAGCUUCCAAAGGAAAUUUGUGAAUGAAGUCAGAAGAUGUGAGUCAAUGGAGAGGAUUCUCCGUUUUCUGGAAGAUGAGAUAAAAAAUGAGCUUGAGGUUCAAUUGCCAGACAAGUCCCCAUCGACCCCACUCCCACGGGAAAUGAUUACCCUGGAGACUGUUCUAGAAAAACUGGAAGGAGAGUUACAGGAAGCCAACCAGAACCAGCAGGCAUUGAAGAAAAGCUUCCUAGAACUGACUGAACUCAAAUAUCUCCUGAAGAAAACCCAGGACUUCUUUGAGACGGAAACCAACUUACCCGACGAUUUCUUUACUGAAGACACUUCUGGGCUCCUGGAAUUAAGAGCUAUGCCUGCGUACAUGACUGGAAAGCUGGGGUUCACGGCUGGCGUGAUCAACAGGGAGAGGAUGCCUUCCUUUGAGAGGCUGCUGUGGCGAGUUUGCCGAGGAAACAUCUACUUGAAGUUCGGUGAGAUGGACACAGCUCUGGAGGACCCCGUCACAGUGGCGGAAGAGUACGUGCGAAAUGCUUUAACCACGUAUGUCUCUUCUGAAUGUAUUGAACACAGGUUUCGAGCCACCAUAUACCCCUGCCCAGAGCCUGCAGUGGAGCGAAGAGAGAUGCUGGAUGGUGUCAACAUGAGGCUGGAAGAUUUAGCCACUGUCAUAACCCAGACAGAGUCUCACCGCCAGAGCCUCCUGCAGGAAGCCGCUGCCAGCUGGCACUCCUGGGUCGUCAAAGUGCAGAAGAUGAAGGCCAUUUACCACACCCUAAACCUGUGCAACAUUGAUGUCACCCAGCAGUGCAUCAUCGCCGAGAUCUGGUUCCCGGUGGCAGACGCCGGGCGCAUCAAGAGGGCCUUAGAGCAAGGCAUGGUGAGUGGCAGCUUCAACAUCUUCGGCUCUUCUUGGAGUGUCCAGCCCAUGUUCAGAAAUGGCACAUGGAAUAUGAAAGUGAUAGAAACAAACCCACUUCUACAGCUGGACCCAGCCAUCCCAGGAGUGUACUCUGGAAAUCCAUACCCAUUUGGGAUUGAUCCGAUUUGGAACUUGGCUUCAAACAAACUAACGUUCUUGAACUCCUAUAAGAUGAAGAUGUCCGUUAUCCUGGGAAUCGUCCAGAUGACUUUCGGUGUCAUCCUCAGCCUUUUCAACCACAUCUAUUUUCAUUUUAAGCCCUGCAAUGUCCUUCUGCAAUUUAUUCCUGAGAUGAUUUUUAUGCUGUGCCUGUUUGGAUACCUGGUUUUCAUGAUCAUUUUCAAAUGGUGCCACUAUGAUGUCCAUGUGUCCCGGAAAGCCCCAAGUAUCCUCAUCCACUUCAUCAAUAUGUUUAUGUUUAACUAUCGCGACUCUUCAAACGUGCCCCUGUACCAACAUCAGCAAGAAGUCCAAACUUUCUUUGUUAUUAUGGCUUUGAUUUCUGUGCCAUGGAUGCUUCUGAUUAAGCCGUUAAUUCUUAGAGCCAAUUAUCGGAAAGCCCAGCUGCAGGGAUCCAUGAUCCAAGGACACGCCACUGAGGACAUGGAAGGUGACAGCUCCAACGCUUCCUUGCGUGGUGACCAGGGGGCUUCUGCAGGUGCCCAUGGGGCCCAGGAUGACCACGAAGAGGAGUUCAAUUUUGGAGACAUAUUUGUGCAUCAGGCCAUCCACACGAUUGAGUACUGCCUGGGCUGCAUUUCCAACACAGCCUCUUACCUCCGGCUCUGGGCCCUCAGCCUGGCCCAUGCAGAACUGUCUGAAGUCCUCUGGACCAUGGUGAUGAACAUUGGCCUCCGCCUGCGGGGCUGGGGCGGCCUUGUCGGGGUCUUUAUCAUUUUUGCUGUAUUUGCUGUCCUGACAGUCGCCAUCCUGCUGGUCAUGGAGGGACUCUCUGCUUUCCUGCACGCCCUGCGACUACACUGGGUGGAGUUCCAAAACAAGUUCUACGUUGGGGCUGGUUACAAGUUUUCUCCAUUCUCCUUUAAAAACAUCCUGGAGGGGACAGCCGAGGAGUAGCUGCAGGUCUGACGGCUGCCGCCAUCUUCUGCACCCGUCUCGGGUUUAACAUCAGCCUGUGCGAGACGGUCAUUGGAAUGCUUGACCUCCACUAACCGGAGGCUGGAAAAUAUGGAUUAUUGAUUGAGAAGCCUUGGAAUUUGAUAUAAUUUCACCAUGUCAUAGAACAACUACAUUGGCAAGUCAUUUCAGUCUCAUGCGGGGUCUUAAUUGUCAAAAUACGAAAAUGAUGGAGAAAUGUGAGGGGGCACUAAACUCAUGUUUUCUUCCAAGAUUUUGAGUACUAUAUUUAAGAGAAUAAACUUCUAGGCGAUGCAUGUUUCCUUUCAGAUGUCUUUAUUCAACAUUAUUCCACAAAAUUUAGUGUUGAUAAUUACAGGGCAAAGUGAAACAAUAUAGUUACGCAAACUAACCCAGGAGGAUUAUGCUUAUUGUAUUCCUUCAUUUCCUGCUUCCUCAAACACCUUUUUUUCCUUGUCUGGGGCUAAGCUCUCCAAGAUUAGGAACUUUCUCAUGAGUUUUCACUCCAGGUGAGGAAGGACAGAUAAUGUUCUGUGUUGGAUAAAGGGCUUACCCCGUGUGGCUCCCUACUUUGUUAAAUCCUGUGGAAUGAAGUGUGACAACAUAUCAUCAAUGACUUUGUUUAUUCUCAAACCACAUUAUGCUGGAGUAACUGGAGAAAUUGAUUUGUGGGCAUGGCAAGUUCUAGAAAAUGACGUGCCAGAUAGUGUGCGCCUUUCUUAGGGCACGUGGCUUGGUAAAUUCCUACGAGCCAGGUGUAGAAUAAGACUGUUCCAAAUGGACACACAGACCAAUGGAACAGAAGGGAGAGCCCAGAAAUAAACCCACACAUAUGUGGGAAACUAAUUUUUGACAAGGAGCCAAAAACAUACAAUAGAGAAAAGGAAGUUUCUUCAAUAAAUGGUGUUGGGGAAACUGGAAAUCCACAUCCGAAAGAAUGAACUAGACUGCUGUCUGACACCAUACACAAAAUUAAAAUGGAUUAAAGCCUUGAAUCUAAGGCUGAAACAAUAAAAUA